AGGCGGCCCGGUCUCUUUAAGGCUUCGCCGCGCCUGCGCCUUGGGUUUCCCUGACGCGGCCGGGCCGGACCCCGGAGGAGCCCGCAGGCGGACCGGCGAGGGGUCGGCUGGUAGUUGAGGUCGCCGCUGCUCCCGAGGGGCGCCGGGUGGUCGGAGACACCCUGAAUUCCCGAGCCAGCGCGACGCUCAGGGCGAAGAGAGCGGCCGGCGGAACCCGGAGCGGGGCCGAGGCGCUGAGACGCGGCGGCGCGGCUGCCGGCUGGAUGGGAAGUUAAUGUUUACGCCGGAGUCCACCCUACGUCUCCAAGGUGGCGACAGACAAGGUUGCAGAAAAGCUGAGUUCUACUCUCUCAUGGGUGAAGAACACGGUAUCACAUACAGUCAGCCAGAUGGCCAGUCAGGUGGCCAGUCCAUCUGCUUCAUUACAUACUACAUCCUCAUCUACCACACUGUCAACACCAGCCCUUUCACCAUCUUCCCCAGGACAGUUGAGCCCUGACGACUUAGAACUACUGGCUAAGCUGGAGGAACAAAACAGAUUGUUAGAGACGGAUAGUAAGUCAUUAAGAUCAGUAAAUGGGUCAAGAAGAAACAGUGGCUCCUCCCUUGUGUCAAGUUCAUCAGCCUCAAGCAACCUCAGCCACCUUGAAGAAGAUUCUUGGAUUCUUUGGGGAAGAAUUGUUAAUGAAUGGGAAGAUGUGCGAAAAAAGAAGGAAAAACAAGUUAAGGAACUUGUUCGUAAAGGAAUACCCCACCACUUUAGAGCAAUAGUUUGGCAACUUUUAUGCAGUGCACAAAGUAUGCCAAUUAAGGAUCAGUAUUCAGAGCUCCUGAAAAUGACCUCACCUUGUGAAAAAUUGAUCCGAAGGGACAUUGCUAGAACUUAUCCUGAACACAACUUUUUUAAGGAAAAAGAUAGCCUUGGACAAGAGGUUUUAUUUAAUGUAAUGAAGGCCUAUUCUUUAGUGGACCGUGAGGUUGGUUACUGUCAAGGAAGUGCAUUUAUAGUUGGAUUAUUGCUAAUGCAGAUGCCAGAAGAAGAAGCUUUCUGUGUAUUUGUUAAAUUAAUGCAAGAUUAUAGACUUCGUGAACUUUUUAAACCAAGUAUGGCAGAAUUGGGCCUUUGUAUGUACCAGUUUGAUGGCAUGAUACAGGAACAUCUUCCAGAGCUCUGUGUACAUUUUCAAUCUCAAAGUUUUCAUACCUCAAUGUAUGCAUCAUCCUGGUUUCUGACUAUCUUUCUUACAACUUUUCCACUCCCAAUUGCAACAAGGAUAUUUGAUAUCUUUAUGUCUGAGGGUUUAGAAAUAGUGUUUCGAGUAGGAUUAGCACUUCUUCAGAUGAAUCAGGCAGAAUUGAUGCAACUCGACAUGGAAGGGAUGUUACAGCACUUUCAGAAGGUCAUUCCACAUCAGUUUGAUGGUGGCCCAGACAAAUUAAUCCAGGCAGCUUACCAAGUCAAAUAUAACUCAAAAAAAAUGAAAAAGCUUGAAAAAGAAUACACUACAAUAAAAACUAAAGAAAUGGAAGAACAAGUUGAAAUUAAAAGAUUACGCACAGAAAAUAGACUUUUAAAACAGCGCAUUGAAACAUUAGAAAAAGAAAGUGCUUCCUUGGCAGAUAGAUUGAUACAGGGACAAGUGACAAGAGCCCAGGAGGCUGAGGAAAACUACCUCAUAAAACGGGAGUUGGCCACCAUCAAACAGCAGAGUGAUGAGGCCAGUGCUAAGCUGGAGCAAGCUGAAAAUACCAUCAGGAAGCUCCAGCACCAACAACAAUGGCACAAAUGCAGUUCCAACUACAAUGAAGACUUUGUGCUGCAGCUAGAGAAGGAAUUGGUCCAAGCACGUUUGAGUGAAGCUGAGUCUCAGUGUGCGCUAAAGGAGAUGCAGGAUAAAGUUCUGGAUAUAGAAAAGAAAAACAACUCUUUUCCUGAUGAGAAUAAUAUUGCAAGGCUUCAGGAAGAACUCAUUGCUGUGAAACUGAGAGAAGCAGAAGCUAUCAUGGGCUUGAAAGAACUUAGACAACAAGUCAGAGAUUUAGAGGAACACUGGCAGCGCCACUUAGCUCGUACUACUGGUAGAUGGAAAGAUCCGCCUAAGAAAAAUGCUGUGAAUGAGUUACAAGAUGAGUUGAUGACCAUUCGACUUAGAGAAGCUGAAACACAGGCAGAAAUAAGAGAAAUUAAACAAAGGAUGAUGGAAAUGGAAACACAGAACCAAAUCAAUAGUAACCAUCUUCGAAGAGCAGAACAAGAGGUGAUCAGUCUACAGGAGAAGGUGCAGUACCUUUCUGCACAGAACAAAGGACUGCUUACUCAGUUAAGUGAAGCAAAACGCAAACAAGCAGAGAUUGAGUGCAAGAACAAAGAAGAAGUGAUGGCUGUGAGACUUCGGGAAGCAGAUAGCAUAGCUGCUGUUGCUGAACUACAGCAGCACAUUGCAGAGCUUGAAAUCCAGAAAGAAGAAGGAAAGCUUCAAGGACAGCUUAACAAGUCUGAUUCUAACCAGUAUAUUAGGGAACUGAAAGAUCAGAUAGCAGAGCUGAAUCAUGAGCUCAGGUGCCUAAAAGGCCAGAGGAGCUUCUCAGGCCAACCCCCGUUUGAUGGAAUCCACAUUGUCAACCAUUUAAUAGGAGAUGAUGAAUCAUUGCAUUCCUCCGAUGAAGAUUUUAUAGAUCAUUCCGUACAGGAAAGUAGCGUUGGCUUUCCUUUGCACAGAAAACCUGGCCCAGUGACCUUGGACCCCACUGUGGCAGAUGGCAGUGAGAGCGAUACAGAAGACAGUGUGCCGCAGACCAGAGAGAGUGAGCGCGGGGCGCAGCAGGAGCGGCACCCAAGAAGAGAGUCUUAUUCAACCACUGUCUGACCACCACUGUGACCUGGACUGUGGACUUUUUUAAGGGAUCAGUUAUAUGACUAAGGGUUUUGAACAUUAUCUGUUUCAUAUGUAAAUAUAUAGAUAUAUAGAGAUAGAUAUAUUUUACAAUCUUACCUGCCUUUUUAUCUUUGCCAAAUCUUCACCACUGACUUGCCAUUGCCAUACAGUAGACUGGUAAUAUGGUUAAUGGGAAAAAUAAGAAUCUAACAGUAUUACUGAAUAUUAAUGUUUCUUGUUUAUAAACUGCUAUUAUAUCUAUAUGUGGGAAUCAUUUUGAAGUGCAGAACUAUGGAAAAAUUGGAAUUUUUUUUUUUUUCAGACAAAACUGUUCUUGUGCAAUAUUUUCUGCUCAGUGAACAAAUUGUGUAUGUAUUUAUCAAUUUGUUUUCUGGGCAGCUGUCUACAAACAUGACCAAGAGAUAGAUCUAACUUUAUCUUGUUUUUGUUUAUGGUCUUUUUUUUUUUUUUUCAAUUAAAAUUAUUGUCUUAUUUGUAGGCCACUGAAAGUUCCCAAAAUAAAAGUAUUUCCUUAUAAUUUUGUAAAUGUAAAUGAAUAGUUACCUGUCUUGAGACUUUUAAGUUUUGUUUUAAUGUCUAACUUUAUGUGCAUAUGAUGCUUCUAUGUGUUGCCUGCCUACAGAGUAGUAGGUUAACUACAUAUAUGUAGUUUUUAUGUACAUUUUUAUAAAGCUGCAUCAUACAUCUUUAAACAUCAUUUUAUAUGGAGAAAAGUUAUUGCAAAUUGACUGCCUUCAGCAUUCUAACAGGACUUCUGUAAAUAAUAGGCUAAAAGAAAAUUGAAAAUAAAAACAAACACUAAUAUUUUAAUAGCUCUAGUAUUUUGCUUAGUUUCAACACUAGCUGAUUCAUAGUUUAAUUAAUGCUUGUUCAAAAACACUACUGGUGAAAUAUUUUUCUUCAUGUGAUAUAGCUAAGAAAUUUUUAAUAAUUAAAGAGGUUAUGUUAAAGCACAUGUUACUUAGUGCUAAUAUACUACUUAAGAUAAUUUAGGCAGGCGAUUGAAGUCCAAGAUACACAGUUAUAUCUAUAAGUAAUCUGUGAACAUUAUCUUCAGAUUCUCUAGCUACUAAUAUAUACAUAAAGCCAUAUGAAUUCUUACCUAUCAAUUCUUUCUUUUUUAUCAAAUCUAGAUUUUCUUAGAAAACUGAAUGCUUGUGGAGGAAACACCCAAAUCACGCUUACACUUUGGAACGACAAGAAUGUGGUAACUGGAUGCUUUUACUCUCAUUUUCACCAGAGGAUAAUAUGAAGGUGAAAUUGCGUUUAUAGAGAGGCACAGUUUUGCACAAUAUGUAGCACGCAGGAAAAAAAAAAUCUGUGUAAUGGAAAUGAGUAGAAGAGACAAAAACAGUUUUGUCUAAAACCAGGAGUCUAGCCUAUGGUACACAUGGAUGAGGCUUUUCCAAGAAGCUCUUCAUAGCUAUUUGCUUGACAAACAAGAAUGAAAACAUGCAUGCAACACGUUAACUUAUUUACCUGUGGUCACAGGCUAUCAGAACCAAGAUUUUAAUCUCAAUCUCUCUAACACCAAAAUAUUUGAAAAGGUUCAGCUAACAAAUUUCUCAAUUUCAUGCACUUCUGAUAAUUGAUAUGAUUUAAAUAAAUUUUAUUCAAAUGUGCUUCCUGAAUGUAUUUGUAGGUAUGUAUCUGUUUAAAUUAAUAUUCAAAAGCUCUACAUAGCUUAUGAGUAUAUAUACUACUCCUAAAAUUUUUUGACUAGUACUUUGGAGGUUCUUGUUUCAGUUCAUUACUGUCGGCCCUGAGGUGGUUGGUGCCCAUAUGAAGUCUGGUGAUUCGUGGCCACAUAAUAAUUCUGACUCCCCACAUCAGAUAACUGAUUGAUUCAGAGGUCAGCAAUGACAGCCUUUGAGCCAAUUCCAGACAACUACCUGUUUUCACGUGGUCCACGAUUUAAGCAGGGUGGUUACAUUUUUUGGCAUUUGGGGGAAAGUAUCAAAAGAAUCAUCUUUAGUGUCACCUGAAAUGCUUAUGAAAUUCAAAUUUCAGUGUCAGUAAAGCUUUCAUGGCGUACACCCAUGCUUAUCCAUUUACAUAUUAUAUGUGGUUGCUUUUGUACUACAAUGGCAGGGUUGAGUAGUUGGCACAGGAGUAGACAGUUCUCAUAGCCUAGAAUAUCUCCUGUCUAGCAUUUUUGCGAAAAAAUUUGCUGACCUUUGAUUUCAGUGCAGAAAAUGCAAGCUUGCUUAGUUUCUCUUAGUAGAAAAUCAAGCUAUUUAGUUUUGCAGUUAAGCUACAGUGGUUUGGAAACCUAAAAUUUCCUGGUGGAUCUUAGAACUAUACCAAAUGGAAAGUAUGCCAACUAUUUUAUAUCAUAAAGUCUUUGACACUGUAUACAAGUUCAGAAGGAAAAUGUACCUUUGGAAAUGGGAAAUUCCAGAAUCCCAGCUCUGUUCUUUAAAGCAUGCAUUAUUGACUUUUGUGGUGUCUUUAUUGAGUCAUUGUUUUAAUUUGACUUUAAAAUAAGAACAUCUUUCUAGAGAAUUUCCCAAUGACUCUCUCUAGCUAGGAAUUAGAUAUUAAAACAAAUUUGGUAAAUAACCCUUACUCUUUUGAUACUCUUGUAAUUUGAACAGUGAAAAAACUACAAACAACAAUCUUCACAUUUAAGAACUUUGAUUCAAAUACUCUUUAGAAAUCUUCCUGGGAAAAAAAGUUAAAAUGUAAUUUUACACAAUUUAUACCAAUUUUAUUGAUAUUAAACACUCAGUGUUUAAUGAUACAGUGAGAAAUAAGUCCCAACUAACUGCCCAAUUAUUUUGAAAGAAACAACUUUUUCUUAGUGUUGAACAUGAUGCAGCUGUAACUCUCCAGAUAGUGCCUUUGAUUGAAACAAGGUUAGGUCUUUGUAAUUAUUUUGUUUUUGACAUCAGAAGAAAUGACUUGACUCCUCAUCCCCCUUUAUAUUCUGAAUAGUACACUACACUUUUCAGAUUUAAAGUAAAUCUGAAAGGUAAGGCCUUUCACAGCUUGAUUAUUGUGUAGUGCCAGGUAUCGACAGCUAACAUUCAUGAGGUCACUGAUUUACUUUAUUAAAAUGAUGAGCUUGAGCCUGAAAGUUAUUGCUGCUCUCUCAUUAAAGUAAUACUUUUUAAAUUUUAAUUUAAUUCCUUCUACUGAAAUUAAAUUUUCUGAUCAACAGUGGACUGAAUGCUAUUUGUAACUCAAGUUUUCACACACAUCCAUUGAUCUACCUAUCCCUUCUUUUCACUCCAAAGAAGAGAUGAUAAAAUAAUACAUUAAAUAUACUAUAGAUAUGCAAAAUUAUAAUGUAUUUUCAUUUUAUUGUUGGAAUUUCUUAUUGUAACAUUGUAUGAUAACCUGAAAUGUUUACUUGUGCCUUUGCUUUGAACAAUUAAAGUUUUCCAUUUUAUAAGAUUUCUGUUUUCUUAAACUAUUCAACUGAAAAAGGGAGAGACAUCAAAAUACUAUUUAAAAGUGCUUGACCUGACAUCAGAUAGAUAUUCAUCAGUGAGAUUUGUGGUCCAUGGAUACAAAGGUCAAAUCUAUCUGUAUUUGUGCCUGUAAAUCAAUACAACGGACAGCCUGGCCCAUGGUAUUUUUCACAUAAAACCAGAUACCUACAUUUGUUACUUCUUUAUUUUUGAAAAUAUUAAUUACAGCAUUUUAAUCUCACAUUCUAUUAUAGAUAAUUAAAUUAGCCUCAGUUUGAUAAAUGUAUUCAAGUAUAUCAUUUGAAUAUGCAGAUGGAUGUUAUUGUGAAAAAGAAAAAUUUUGUCUUCUACAUCUUUAUUACAAUGUACUACAUAAUUUCUUUUGGGGGAAAAAACUUUUUCUUAGUGUGAAACAUGAUGCAGUUGUGACUCUCCAGAUGGUGUCUUUGAUUGAAAGCAAAGGUAUACCUUUGUAAUUA